AAAGCCUGCUGUCAUUAAGCCUAUUGCUGAGAGUGUUACAGGGAACGGAUUAUAAUUUGAUUUUAGAUGAUUAUGACUUUGAAGAAUAAAAUAAGGUUUGCGUUUUCUAGAAAUUAUGGCACCAGUUACACAACUCACCUCAAGAUAUUGUGUUUAUGGCUGGUGCUUUAUGGGUCUGGAGCCCAAAGUACACCACCAUACACAACAGAAACCACAGACCUGACUACUUUGACUGAAUUGGCAACACAGACUACAAUGUCCACUGAACCAAAAACAAGUGCACCUACAACUACUCGAGCUACAAGCACUACAACUGAUGAACCAACAACUAGAGAGGAAGCAACCACAACAACUGUACCAUUUACUACAGCAAUAGAUCAGACAGCUACCACUGUAUCAGGAACACAGUCUACAACAACAGAACAAACAACAGCAGAAAUACUUUUAUCAACAUUAACUACAUUUGCAAGCACUGCAACUGAAUUAAUGACAGCUACAGAGGAAACAACGACAGCUACAACCGAAUUAACAACUACUGUAAAAAAACUGACCUCUACCACUGAAUCCACAGCACAACCCAUAACCACAGCACCAAAAACAGCAGGAACAAUUGCAUAUACAACUACUCCAGGUCUAACCACUGAAAGUCAGGAACAAGCAAUUACAGGGGAAAUGACCACAACGACAAUAGCAAAGACAACUGAAUCUACAUCUACUCUAGCUCCAACCACUACAAAUGAAGAAUCAACAACUACAAUAGAGUCAACCACAGCUACGACUGCACCAUCAACUACAUCACAAAAACCAGAAUUGAGUACUAGCAUUGCAUCCACAACACAGCCAACAACAACCUCAGGACCAACAACAACAGAAACACCUGAAUCUACAUCUACUCUAGCUCCAACCACCACAAAUAAAGACUCAACAACUACAGUAGAGACAACCACAGCUACAACUGUACUAUCAACGACAUCAACAAAGUCAGAAUUGAGUACUAGCACUGUAUCAACAACACAGGCCACAACAACCACUAGACCAACAACCACAGAAACACCUGAAUCUACAUCUACUCUAGCGCCAACCACGAGAAAUGCGGAAUCAACAACCAAAAUGAUAACGACCAUAGUGACAAAUGUACCAUUAACUACAUCAACAACAACAGAAAUGACCACGAGCUCUAUAUCCACAAUACAGCUUACUAGAACCACAGGAACAACAGCAGAAACAACUGAGCCUACAUCUACUCUAGCUCCAACCACUACACAUGAGGAAUCAACAAAUACAGUAGAGUCAACCACAGCUACAACUGUACCACCAACUACAACACAAACACCUGAAUUGAUAACUAGUACCGUACACACAACAUAUCCAAUAACAACAUCAGGACCAACAACCACAGAAACACCUGAAUCUACAUCUACUCUAGCUCCAACCACAACAAAUGGAGAAUCAACAACUACAAUAAAGUCAACCACAGCUACAACUGUACCACCAACUACAACACAAACACCGGAAUUAAUAACUAGUACCGUACACACAACAUAUCCAAUAACAACAUCAGGACCAACAACCACAGAAACACCUGAAUUUACAUCUACUCUAGCUACAACCACUACAAAUAAAGACUCAACAACUACAGUAGAGACAACCACAGCUACAACUGUACCACCAACUAAAACACAAACACCUGAAUUGAUAACUAGUACCGUACACACAACAUAUCCAACAACUACAUCAGGACCAACAACCACAGAAACACCUGAAUCUACAUCUACUCUAGCUCCAACCACUACAAAUGAAGAAUCAACAACUACAAUAGAGUCAACCACAGCUACGACUGCACCAUCAACUACAUCACCAAAACCAGAAAUGAGUACUAGCAUUGCAUCCACAACACAGCCAACAACAACCUCAGGACCAACAACCACAGAAACACCUGAAUUUACAUCUACUCUAGCUCCAACCACUACAAAUAAAGACUCAACAACUACACCAACAACAACCUCAGGACCAACAACCACAGAAACACCUGAAUUUACAUCUACUCUAGCUCCAACCAGUACAAAUAAAGACUCAACAACUACAGUAGAGACAACCACAGCUACAACUGUACCACCAACUACAACACAAACACCUGAAUUGAUAACUAGUACCGUAUACACAACAUAUCCAACAACAACCUCAGGACCAACAACCACAGAAACACCUGAAUCUACAUCUACUCUAGCUUCAACCACUACAAAUAAAGACUCAACAACUACAGUAGAGACAACCACAGCUACAACUGUACCACCAACUACAACACAAAUACCUGAAUUGAUAACUAGUACCAUACACACAACAUAUCCAACAACAACCUCAGGACCAACAACCACAGAAACACCUGAAUCUACAUCUACUCUAGCUCGAACCACAACAAAUGGAGAAUCAACAACUACAAUAGAGUCAACCACAGCUACAACUGUACCAUCAACUACAACACAAACACCUGGAUUGAUAACUAGUACCUCAACCACAGCUACGACUGCACCAUCAACUACAUCACCAAAACCAGAAAUGAGUACUAGCAUUGCAUCCACAACACAGCCAACAACAACCUCAGGACCAACAACCACAGAAACACCUGAAUUUACAUCUACUCUAGCUCCAACCACCUCAGGACCAACAACCACAGAAACACCUGAAUCUACAUAUCCAACAACAACCUCAGGACCAACAACCACAGAAACACCUGAAUCUACAUCUACUCUAGCUCGAACCACAACAAAUGGAGAAUCAACAACUACAAUAGAGUCAACCACACCAACAACAACAUCAGGACCAACAACCACAGAAACACCUGAAUCUACAUCUAGUCUAGCUCCAACCACUACAAAUGGAGAAUUAACAACUACAAUAGAGUCAACCACACCAACAACAACAUCAGGACCAACAACCACAGAAACACCUGAAUCUACAUCUAGUCUAGCUCCAACCACUACAAAUGGAGAAUUAACAACUACAAUAGAGUCAACCACACCAACAACAACAUCAGGACCAACAACCACAGAAACACCUGAAUCUACAUCUAGUCUAGCUCCAACCACUACAAAUGGAGAAUUAACAACUACAAUAGAGUCAACCACACCAACAACAACAUCAGGACCAACAACCACAGAAACACCUGAAUCUACAUCUAGACCAACAACAUCAGGACCAACAACCACAGAAACACCU